AUGAAGUUCUCAACUGAGCAUGGAAUUGCUAUGGUUCUAGGUGACCAGAUGGGCUCCAGAGCAUGUUAUCUAAACUCUCUGCGAAAAUCAGAGCCCCGCACUGUUAAUGAGGAAGACGUCGACAUGGAAGAGGCCCCCGAAAAAGGGCACCCUCUUGACGAAUUAGACCCCCGAAUAACUGUCUCAGAACCGAACGCGACCCCAAUGGAAGAACUUGAAACUUCCUCCGUCAACCCAGAAGACUCUAGUCAGCACAAAGACAUGGGAGGAAUAGACCUAAGGAUCAGUUGCCAUCGCCUAAACAUCAAUGCCUUAUGUGCCCCACAUCGAGAAGCCAUUUAUCCAAAGUGGAUAUCCAACCCGGUCCUUGUGAGAAAGCCUAGCGGGAAAUGGAUGGUGUGCGUAGACUUCACGAACUUAAAUAAAGCAUGCCUUAAGGAUAGCUUCCCACUGCCGAGGAUAGACCAACUUGUGAAUUCCACUGCCGGACAUGAACUCUUGAGUUUUAUGGAUGUGUACUCAGGAUACAACCAGAUACCCAUGUUUCGACCUAAUGAGGAGGCCACGUCGUUCAUCACAGACAGAGGACUCAAAAUCAUGGAAGUCUACGUGGACGACAUGCUAGUAAAAAAUCUCCAGGUGAAUGAACAUGUAAGUCAUCUUGACCAGACCUUUCAGAUUCUUAGAAAAUACAAAAUGAAAUUGAACGCCCUCAAAUGCACCUUCGGCAUGGCUUCGGGUCAGUUUUUGGGGUACAUUGUGAACCAAAGGGAAAUCGAAACAAAUAAGGUUAAGAUUAGGGCCUUACUGGAAAUGAGAUCGCCUCAAAAGCCGAAGAAGGAAUCACUACUUCUAUACUUGGCGGUCUCGAACGAGGCGGUCAGCUCAGUCAUUAUCAGAGAAGAAGACGAGCAUCAAUUUUCGAUAUACUACGUCAGCAAAACACUACUUUCGGUAGAAACUCACUACCCGGACACGGAAAAACUGGCACUCACCCUCAUCACGACGUCAAGAAAAUUGAGGCCAUACUUCCAGGCCCACUUAGUCGAGGUUCUCACCAACUUCCCAUUGAAACAUGCCAUCAAGAGACAAGCCAUUGCAGAUUUUGUGGCUAAAUUUGCCAUAGCACCAGAAAUGGAGGCGGCAAUGGAACCAACCAAGCCCCCAACAUGGAACUUGUUUGUGGAUGGAUCCUCAGGAGAAACUGGCUCCGGAGCUGGGAUCAUCUUGGAAAGCCUGGAAGGCCACAAGCUAAAUUGCACAGUAAGGCUUGGCUUCAGAGUCUCGAACAACGCUGCAGAAUAUGAGGCCCUUCUGGCAGGCCUUAGACUUGCAAAAGAAAUGCAGAUCAGAAGGCUUCUGACAAGCAGCAACUCUCAACUUAUGGUGAGUCAGGUCAACAGGAACUUUGUCGUCAAAGACAGUAGCAUGGCUGCAUAUUUAAAAUUGGUCCUGGACCUAAUCCCACAUUUCGAGAGGUUCGAAUUGAUUCAAGUCCCACGCCUCAAGAAAACUUAUGCAGACGCCCUGUCAAAAUUAGCCAGCAGCAAAGAUUCAAAGUUGCUAAAGAUUGUCCCCAUUGAACGCUUGUCGAAGCCCUCCAUCGCCGGAGGUGAAGAGUUGUUAUGGAUAGAAAGUACCCUAGCAUGGAUGCAACCCAUCAUGGCCUAUCUCAAGGAUCAAUCACUACCAGCUUCAAGAAGCGAGGCGAGAAAGUUAAGAAGGAGGACCGCGUACUUCGUCCUACAAGAGGAUGUCCUCUACAAAAGAGACUUUGCCUCACCACUUCUCCCAUGUGUAGAAGGGGAAGAAGCCACGUAUAUACUCAAGGAGAUCCAUGAAAGGAUCUGCGAAAAUCACCCUGGAGGAAUGGCUCUGGCACACAAAGUGCUCAGACAAGGCUACUUCUGGCCAACCCUGAAAAGGGAUGCCUGCCAAUUCGUUAAGAAAUGUGAUAAGUGCCAGCACUUCUCAAAUAUUCAAAGACAGCCUUCUCAAAGCCUCUCCAUAGUCACCAGUCAAUUUGAGGUAUUUCCCCAACGGAAGACAAUUCGACAACAAGAAGAUGCGAGACUUAUGCAACGAACUGGGGAUAAAGAAGGAUUUCUCGACGCCUCAUGA